CGGACGGUUCAGGCCACCACUGCGAGGAGCUUCCUGGGCCGAGUAACAGCGGUGUGUGGGGAGACGCACCCAGAUGGAAAACAACACACAACAUGAAAGACAUUAACACAAGAGAGAGCGGCAAAGAUGAAGACUGGGGCGAUGGUGCUGAGAACGUCGAGGAAGAGAGGCCCAUGAGGCGCAGUUUUUCGGUGGAGGACCUGCUGGACGAGGUUGAGAGGAUUGGCAGCGUCUCUGAGAGGGGCAACAAGGUGGAAAUCGUGGUGAGACUGUGGAGGAACGGGUUCACUGUGAACGAUGAAGACCUCCGCAGUUACGCUCAGGACGAGAACCAGCAGUUCCUGGAGGCCAUUAAGCGAGGGGAGCUGCCGGCAGAGCUGGAGAGGAGAUCAGAGGAGGGGGAGCUGGAGGUGAAUGUGCAGGACAUGAAGGACGAGAUGUACGUUCCGAGGAAGAAGAAUUUCCACCCCUUCAGCGGCCGGGGGUACAGACUGGGCAGCGUGGCGCCCCGAGUCAUAGCUAGGUCCCCUUCGGUACACGAGGACAGAGACGCACCUCCGACCCCAUUGGUGGAGCUGAAUGACGCACAGCCAGUCACCAGCCUGCAGAUCUGGCUGGCGGAUGGGAGGAGGCUGGUGCAGAAGUUUAACCUCUCUCACAGGAUCAGCGACGUGCAGGACUUCGUGGAGCAGUCCCAGCGGACGGGCCUUCCCUUCAUCCUCACCACCUCCCUUCCAUUCCGCGAGCUGCGGCAGCAGGACCUCAGCCUGCAGGAGGCCGACCUCUCCAACGCCGUCAUCGUCCAGAGGCCCGUCAACAGCCAGCCCCCCUUCGGCCACUCCUGACCAGGGCAGAGCCCGCUCGCUGAGAGAGACACUGUAAACUGCCCAGGCUGGGAGGAGCAGGCGCUGAGCGCGGCUGGCAGCAAUGGAA